AUGUUAUAUUUUUAUACGAAACGAAAUUAUCGUCAAUUAAGUUGUAUUAUAUAUUAUACUCUAUCAUCAAGAUAUUUAUCUUCAACGAAUAAUCUAAUAAAUCAUGAUGAAAUUCAUAAAUGGAGCCAUUCAUUACGUGAACUUCUUUAUGAUGGUAAACCAGAAGAAGUUCUUAAACAAUAUCAUAAUCGACAACCACGAUUAUUUGAUUUAUCUGUACAAAUAUAUAUGAUCAUAUUAAAUAUGUACUCAAAAGGAGGUUAUUUCGAUCUAGCGGAAAAGAUUCUCUCAGAUCUAAUAGCAUCAUUACCAAUAUCAACUAAUCCUCAUCAUAUUGAUCCAACAGCUUUUUCUAUACUUAUGACUGCAUAUAAUCUUCAUCAUCAACCAGAAAAAACUUUGAUCACACUUGAUCGUGUUCAAUAUCCUGAUGCUAUUUCUUAUUUAUUUUCAUUUCAAGCAUGUUCACAAUUAAAAGAUCUACAACAAGGAAAACGAUUAAUUAAUAAAUUAGCACAAUCAAAUAUAGAUCUUCGAAAACAAUUUAAAUUACAAACUACAUUAUUUGAUAUGUAUGGCAAAUGUAAUGAUGUAUUAAAUGCUGAAAAUAUUUUUGAAACGAUUGAAAAUUCAACAAUUAUUCAUUAUAAUUCUUUAUUAAAAGUUUAUAAUAAUAAUAAAAUGUAUGAAAAAACAUUUCAAUUGUAUGAUAAAUUAAAACAAACUCAAAAGAAUCUUGAAUUUGAUCCAAUCACCUUUAGUUGUGUCCUUUAUUCUGCUGCUAAAAUGACUCAUAUUGAUCGAUGUCAAGAAAUUCUAAAUGAUUUAAAUUCUAGUAUAAUUCAUCUUGAUAAUCAUCCUAUUCUUCAAAUAAAUCUUAUCAAUGCAUUAGGCAAAUGUGGUGAUAUCAUUACUGGUAAAUAA